AAAAAAAAAAAAAAAAAAACUAAAAUUUAUAAAAUUUGAGCUGAAAUUUCAAACAUUUUUGAAGAAGGGUCGACGAAAAAGUUCGAAAAAGAAGAAGCCGCGACGAAGGAAAGAAAACAGAGUUUAAGAAGAGGGUCAAGAUUUUAAAACCUCUCCGUUUUCUUAAUUCCUGUUUUUCUUCACUGUUUAUCCUUCCUUUUUUGUCGAUUUAAUUCGAAGGAAGAGAGAUCCAGUUAGGCUUUGGAAUCGUGGGAAUUUUGUCUCGAACAGAAGAGGUGGAAUUCCUUGCGGUUGUGGUUUUGGGCGUGGAUAUCAUAUGAUUUUGGAAGUGGGUUGAUUCAUCGUAGCAUUUGGUAGUUGGCAAUUGAGAGCGAGGGGGUUAGAUGGGGACGAGUUCAAAGACGGAAGGACCUUCAACCCCGGCUCUUCGACGAGACCCAUAUGAUGUAUUGUCUGUGUCCAGAGAUUCUACAGAUCAGGAGAUUAAGACGGCUUAUAGGAAACUCGCGCUCAAAUAUCAUCCUGAUAAAAAUGUAGGGAAUCCUGAGGCUUCAGAACUGUUCAAGGAGGUUGCUUAUUCUUACAACAUUUUAUCUGAUCCAGAGAAGAGAAGGCAGUAUGACAGUGCAGGGUUUGAGGCUCUUGAUGUGGAUGGUAUGGACAUGGAAAUUGACUUAUCCAAUUUGGGGACCGUUAAUACCAUGUUUGCAGCUCUGUUCAGUAAGUUGGGUGUCCCCAUUAAGACUACAAUCUCAGCGAGCGUUCUUGAAGAAGCUCUAAAUGGAACGGUGACCAUCAAACCUCUUCCUCUCGGAACAUCAGUCAGCGGGAAGGUAGAAAAACAGUGUGCUCACUUCUUUGGUGUAACAAUCAAUGAUCAGCAGGCUUCUGCAGGCAUUGUUGUCAGAGUUACUUCCACUGCACAAAGCAAACUUAAGCUGCUAUAUUUUGAGCAAGAUGCCAAUGGUGGUUAUGGUUUAGCCUUACAGGAGGAUAGUGAGAAAACUGGCAAGUUUACAUCUGUGGGGAUGUAUUUUCUACAUUUUCAAGUAUACAGAAUGGAUUCAACUAUGAAUGCGGUGGCAAUGACCAAGGAUCCGGAGGCUGCUUUUUUCAAGAGAUUGGAAGGCCUUCAGCCUUGUGAGGUUUCAGAACUAAAAGCUGGAACUCAUAUAUUCGCUGUCUAUGGUGAUAACUUCUUCAAGCCUGCAACAUACACAAUCGAGGCGAUUUGUGCAAAAUCAUAUGAAGAGACAACAGAGAAGCUUAAAGAAAUCGAAGCUCAAAUUUUAAGAAAGAGAAAUGAUUUACGCCAAUUCGAAAGUGAAUAUAGGAAGGCACUUGCACGCUUUCAAGAAGUCACAAAUCGAUACAGCCGGGAAAAACAAUUUGUCGAUGAGCUUCUAAAAAUGAGAGAUAAUAUCCACUCAUCUUUCACCGUUUCCAGGCCAGCAAACCAUAGCGAUAAUGUCAGUGGCUUAAGUAAUGGAAAAGUUGAUGAUUCAAACGUUUGCACUCCUGGAGAAGAUGGUGGCUCAGAUGGAAAAGACAGACCUACCAAGAAGAAGUGGUUCAAUCUUAACCUCAAAGGGUCAGACAAAAAGCUUGGUUGAGAUUCGAUGCCUGCUUCUCGCUGGGAAGUCUCGGCGUGCAAGGUUGCGCCCAUCAAGCUGCUUCAUUUCUUGUGAGUUUUCUGAUAAUACUGUUUACUAUAUCUACGAUAUGGGUUUUCGAAGCAGAGCUAUAAUAUAAGAAAUGUGUAUGAUGCCAUUGUGUUUAUGAUUAUAUUGAGUGACUUGCUCAGUUGUUAGAAUUUUUCUGGUGGGGAUAUAGAUAGGUUUCCUUAGAGUUAAUAAAUUCGUUUAUUCGGUUUGUGAAGAAAACUCGAGUGUAUAAUUUUCAUUCAUUUGAAUCCGAGCAUGUUAUCCACUGGUUGUUGCUUGCU